CCCGAAAUAUGUAGUUAAUGUAGUUUUGGUGAAAAACCUAUAAAUCCUAAAGCUUUAUUAUCGUCGAAGUUUUUGUGAGACCAUAAGCUUAGCAAUAAUCGAAAGUUCUUAUUGCACUUAUGACUUAAAAUAUUACAAUGUUACUAAAAAGUUAAAAAUAUGUGCUUUAAGUGUAUCCGCAAUAAAGUCCUGCGGUAUUCAGAAUGUAAUUUUAUACACUUGAUGUUGCUUGAAAUUACUUGUUACCAUUCUCACUCUAACGUGUACGCUUUAUAAUGGAUAUGCCUUUUUAAAUAUUUUUCAAUACCUUCUUUAGAAUAAAUAUACCUACUUAUAAAUAUGUAAAUAUGGAUACACCAUCUGAGAACUGGGACCCAGCACUUACUCGUCUAUUGAGCUCGCUGAAGGAAGUCCAAUCAGGCGGUGAAGAUGUAGCUUUUUUGAGUGAACUUCUACAGUCGAAGCAGCUUCAUGCAUUAGUUCAAGUUCACAACAAGAUUGCAGCAAAAGGAAAGGAUGACAAAUUCUUCCCACUGCUGUCAAAUGCUAUGCAAGUCACACUAGAAGUUCUGGAUUUGUUGGGCAAUGUGGUGUCUGUCUCCAAAGAAUAUCAAGAGCUUCUGAGUCUAUUACAGACACCGCACUUCCAGGCAAUAUUAUGUACACAUGAUGCUGUGGCGCAGAAGGACUACUACCCCCACCUCCCCGAUGUGCCAUCAGAUGCGGAUGAAGAAGAAGAAACAGUCAAAAUUGUCCAACUAGUGAAGAGUGACGAACCACUGGGUGGAGCCCAGAGUGCCGAGCCAAUCGUGGGCGCGACGAUCAAGACGGACGAAGAGACGGGGAAGAUCGUGAUAGCGCGCGUGAUGCACGGUGGUGCGGCGGACCGGUCGGGGCUCAUCCACGCCGGCGACGAGGUCAUCCAAGUGAACGGCAUCACUGUCGAGAACAAAACGCCCGCCGACGUGCUCGCCAUUCUGCAAAGCUCGGAAGGCACGAUAACUUUCAAACUGGUGCCGUCCUUCGGCAAGGGUGGUUCGCGGGAGAGUAAAGUGAGAGUACGGGCCCUGUUCAAUUACAGUUCGGCCGAAGACCCCUAUAUCCCUUGCAAGGAAGCAGGGCUCAACUUCAAGAAAGGUGACGUUUUGCACAUCGUAUCACAGGAUGACGCGUACUGGUGGCAAGCGCGUCGGGAGGGGGAACGGAUCAUGAGAGCCGGGCUAAUACCAUCGAGGGCCUUGCAGGAAGGUCGGAUCAUCCAUGAAAGGCAAACCGACCCACAGACAAUGGAAGGAAAGCCGGCGCUGUGCAGCCCGACGGGCGGCGCCGGGGACUGCGCGCCGCAGACGCCCUGCUCGCCGACGCCGACCGGCACCGCGCUGCUGCCCUGCAAGUCCGUGCCCAAAGUCAGGAAGGUCAUAUACGACAUCACGGAGAACGAUGACUUCGACCGCGAGGUGAUACCGACAUACGAGGAGGUGGCGCGGCUGUACCCGCGGCCGGGGCUGGUGCGGCCGCUGGUGCUGGUGGGCGCGCCGGGCGUCGGCCGCAACGAGCUCCGCCGGCGGCUCAUCGCCACCGACCCCGACAAGUUCGUCACUCCCGUACCGUACACAUCCAGACCACCAAAGGCAAGCGAGCAGAACGGCAAAGAGUACAUGUUCGUGACGCGAGAAGCGAUGGAGAAGGACAUCGCGGCCGGCAAGUUGAUCGAGCACGGCGAGUACAAGGGCAACCUGUACGGCACCACCGCGGAGAGCGUCGAGACCAUCAUCAACUCAGGUCGCGUGUGCGUGCUGAGCCCGCACUGGCAGGCGCUGAAGAUGCUGCGCACGGCGCGGCUGCGGCCCUACAUCGUGUUCGUGCGCCCGCCGCCGCUCGACCGGCUCGCCGCCUCGCGCGCCGCGCACCACGCGCGCUCCACCUUCGACAAGGAGAGCUCACGCGCCUUCACGGAGGAAGAGUUGGCUGACAUGAUCCGGUCGUCGAACCGCAUCAACUUCCUGUACGGCUACAUGUUCGACGAGGAGAUCGUGAACGAGGAGCUUGCGGGCGCGCUCGCGCAGCUGCUCAAGGCCGCCUGGCGCUUGCAGUCCGAGCCGCUCUGGGUGCCCGCCUCCUGGGUGCAGUAGACACUGCGCAACGAUACCAAUAGAAGGCUAUCCUUAUUCUCCUCGCCCAUGAACGAUGCUCCAGCGAAUGCCUGUAAGGAUACUGUUGUGCGAAUUGACUAUGUGCGAAGUUGGCGGUGCAAAUACAAGCUACGCCAACGCACGACGUAGUGAAAAUAUGAACUUUCGUGGGACGACAUCUUUAUACUAUUUGCCAGCUGCCAGCUAUAAAAUAAGCAAUAUUUCCCACACUCACUAGGGCGGCGCCACAGUCAUGCACAAAGCUAAUACGCUCGGAGCAGUUUUCAUGGUCAUCUAACAAAGCCCAGCUAGGGAAUACUCCCGGGACUGAGAUUCCCGGGAAUUCUGGGUUCCGGGGCUGAUUUUGUAUAGAAAGCCAGUACCGGGAGCAAACCCUAUGCUAUGCCCAGCAUUCUAGCAAAACAUUGUUGUAUACAGUUAACUAAUUUGAUCUCAUUAACCUCAUUCCCAUUAUUCUCAUUAACUAAUUUGACCCAUUUUUAUCCGCCGCAAUUUAUUGGUUCGAGCGCAGCGAGGACUAAUAUAGUCGAGGAUAAAAAGGGACAUUUAUGCCUGAGUUAUACAUUCUGCUUUUCACUUCGAGUGUGAGAAAAAUAUACAGAAACAUCCAAUAUUUUAGGUUAUUUUACCAUAUUUAUUCAAGACUAAAGUAAAUUGUACUCGGUUGUGUCGGGGGCGCGGGACACGCCGGUCGGGAGCGCGCCGGUCGGGCGCGCCCCGGCAGGGCUAGUAGUUUGUAUGGCAGAUUUUGGACUUUAUUGCUAAGUCAAUAAGGGUCGUAAUAGAUGAUUUUACUUUAUGCUCUAGAACAUAAUAAGCAACUUUAUGUCGUCUACGCACGACUUAAAGUCGUACUUUACGAUCAUGAGAAGUGAAAUAGUUAUUUACGAUACAAGUGCGGAAAAGAGGAAAUUCGAAACGAGUGGUGAUAAAUCGACACGAGUUGCGAAUUACCUAUUCGCACAUGUAUCGUAAAACGUUUUACAGUACAUUUGGCCCUUUAAACUUUCGACAUAUGCACGAAAAGUGCACUUUACGCACUAGUGCGAGAAGGUAGCACCAUAUGUACUGUAAAAGCCAUUGUGUGUGAGCGCAGCACGCGCCGUGCCACGCGCUAACACACAAUGGCACACCGCUAACACAAAAGAGAAAAUGCCUUUUGUUUAACAGAUUACCGUCUUAAACGUAAAAAUCAUUUGUGAAGAUGAAGAUUAUAAUUAUGUAUAGUUAUUGGCCACUACAUAGUAAUUGGCCUUUCCUAACAAAUCAGAAAGAAACAAGUCAAAAGAAGUGUCAUUGUUAAGAGUUGCCAAUAACUAUGGCAGUCAUCCUACAAUAGGACCUCGAUUAUGCGACUUAAUUGGGGCCGAGAUAAGUUCGGAUAAUCAAAAAGUUUGGAUAAUCGACAAUCACAAUUUUUGAGACAAUAUCAAGUAAAACAACAUGUUUAUACAUAAAAACAGUUUAAUGAGGGCUAACGCGUAUGAAUUCGCCGCUAGUUCGAACUGCAAAUGUCACUUGUCACUUCAAUGACUGACAGCUGUUCUUUAGUCUUUUGGACCACCAUCAACAGAGGCGCCAAAACCGACAUUGGCAAAUUCACCCCGUGCAAAAUUGCGGGGAGUAAAAGCCAGAUAGGAUAAAAAAAAAAAACAGAGGCGCCAACUGGUGAGCAAAAACACGAUAGCCCUCAUUCCUCUUCGAGAGCACGGGAACAACACCGUCCUCGAAACGUCGGAGGUACCUAAAUUUAAAACUUAGUUUUACGCGAUUCGCGAAGUCCCGUUUUAGUAAACAAUAAUGAGUAAAAAUCGUGAAAGUUUAAAUCAGUGCUAUUAAAAACGUUCGAUUAAACAAAACGCGUUUCAACACUUUACCUACAUGCGUAGCUACCGCGAGCAGCAACUGCGCGCCAACGUUCCGAUAAACUGAGUCAACAUUCAGAUAAUUGAGGAUAAGGCUCGGAUAAUCGGGGUUCUACAGUAAUAACCAGAGGGCGGAAUUGCUCAUGGCAAAAAUCAAACGUUAAUAGAGUUGGAACGUUGAAUUUUAUCGACUUUUUCAGCUAUCGAUAAGUUCAGUCACCUUAAAAAAAUUCCGGAAAUGUGGAUUAUUAAUUUUUUUCAUGGAAUGUUGCAACAAACGAGAGAUAUUAUCAAAUCUAGAUAAAAACUAUUAUCGUUCUUUACCUCUUUAAACUCAGAUGAAUGUGUUUUGCUCGUUAUGUGAGUUUCAACGCAAUAUUUUUUUGUUGCUUUAAGUGAACUUUACAUUUAGAGCAGUAUAUUGUUGAGUUUUUUUCGUUGUAAGUAAGACAAGGAUACUUCUUUAUCAAUUUGUUAAUUCUUUUUCUUUUUGGAUUAACCAUUUUUUACAAACGUGAAUUAGUUGCAAAAAGACUAGUGGCAGAAAUGACAGUUAACUGCCAUGCUAUUUACUUUCAAUCUAAUCAAAGAUGUCAAAUGGUCAACUAGCUAAUCAAAGGGGUUAAUGUUAAAGUCAGAAAUGUAAAAGGUGACUGGACUUAUCGAUAGCUGAAAAAGUCGAUAAAAUUCAACGUUCCAACUCUAUUAACGUUUGAUUUUUGCCAUGAGCAAUUCCGCCCUCUGGUAAUAACAUACUGAACACACAGUACGGGAAUUUGAACACAAGCGACUCGUAAUUUCCACAAAUUCAGGUACCGUCAGUGACAAUUCCUGUAUAAGGUGACGCGUGAAUGCUGGGUUUAAGGGUCCCCGGCAAGCUCGGUUCUCCAUACAAAGGUAGUUACGCUCUCAUUUUUAAACGAGUGGCUAGUUUAUCUGUCUGUAAUUAGUUUAUGUAGCUUCAGGUACCAUAGUUCAAAAAAUACAGCGAAUUUAAGUUUUUCAUACAAAACUUGUUUUUGCUCUAUUUUGUUUGUUUUAUAAACUGGAGCUAUAUAAACUAAUUACAGACCUAGAUAUAUCCCAUGUCAUUGUAUGUGCAAAGUUUCAUUACAAUCCAACACGUAGUAUUAAAAUAAGAACGAAACUCCGUUUGUACGAGCCGGCCGAGCUUGCCGGGGAGCGUCUCUAUACUCGCUCAGUAGAACUGCGCAAAUUACCGCUGUCGAACGUUGAGGGCACAACUCGAACACUAUUAAAUUUACUGUGUUCAUUCAUGUUAUCAAUCACUGGUUUAUUUUACUAAUCCUGUUUCCGCAAUGGUGGAAAAAUAGUUACUUGACCGUAAAAAGAAUCGUUUGGCAUAUAGGUACCUAGAGGAAUGUAGUGCAUAAUUGUUUUCCAUCGUAUUUUCUCGGAAACGUUCGUUUUUGUCAACGUUUGUUUUUGUGAAGUAGCAACUUCAAUCAACCUCAGUAGGUACUUUUUGUACCGAGAUUGACUGAAAUAGCAAGACACAUUCGUACGUUUCCGUGAACGAUGGAAAAUAAUAAUGCACUACAUCUCUACCUAAUAGUACUUAUGCCAAAUAGGCGCAAAAAUAUUUAUAUGGUAAUUGGCCUAAGAGACACCACAAGGUUCACCAAAAAUAAUGAAAGAGUCGUGUCAAAUCACUCAUAUCAUAUCACUCAGACCGUCCAUGACAGCAAAAUGGCGUCACUGAAAAGUGAUAUUAUUAAAAAACAUUUUAGAGUAGGUAAUUGUUUAUGACUCAAGCCCGAAUUUAAGUAAACUUAAGUUUACCUGAGUAUGCCUAGUAUUGCCCAAGCCUUUUGGGCCCGAAAAUUAAAUCAAUUUUAAUUUGUAUUCGGCGUUUACCCGUAUACAUCUAUUAGGUCUACCCAACACUGGGAGGGUAAUGUCAGAAGUGAUGAUGCAACACCUAGCAUUACCCAGCCAGUGUUGGGUAGACCUAGAUGUGUACGGUACGGGUAAAUGCCGAAUAUAGAUUAAUGUUCUUUACAUUUUCAGACUUUACCCAAAAGGCUCGGGUAAUACUAGUUACAUCAGGUUAAACUUGAGUUUAAUUAACCUUCUAACAUGACCCGUAACAUGCAUAUCGACUAGUGACCGCCCCGGCUUCGCACGGGUAGUAAAAGUAAAGUGAAGCGUGAUUUUCCGACAUCCUUAGCAAACAUCGUCAUAUUUCGACCAAUUUACACAAAACCUUAACAAAUUAUACACGCAAACCUUCCUCAAGAAUCACUCUAUUGAUAGGUGAAAACCGCAUGAAAAUCCGUUUAGUAGUUUUUGAGUUUAUCGCGAACAUACACAUACACACAGUCAGACGCGGCGGGGGACUUAGUUUUAUAAGGUGUAGUGAUAGUGAUACCAAAUUGCAGGCUUAUAAGCGCUUUAACGGCCACGGAGCAAAGCCUAGGACGGACAGAUGGACAGACAGACUGACGGACAUGGCGAAACUAUAAGGGUUCCUAGUUGACUACGGAACCCUAAAAAUUAGAACCAGUAUGAAAAGGUUCGAAUUAUAAGUUUUAUGAGUUAAGCCGGUGUAUUUUAUAGAACAACUGGGACUAAAAAGCUAUCAGCGAGAAUGGAUUCGAUCCAGCCGUUAGGUAGAUGUUUUCCCCGGCCUGUCGGUAAAAGGAUCUUAUAGUGACAUGUAAAAGUAAAUCAAGACUUAUCAGCUUUCAUUGUAAUCUUUUUGCAUCAUACCAUUUCAGUAGGUAUAAUAACAAAACUUUUCAAUACCUUUACGAAUUUAUCUUUCAGCUCCUAAAUAUUUUUUAUGGUAUAUUAUUUAAACUGAACAGGGAUUUGUGUACUGUAUGUGUUCAUGUAGCUGUGCACAAGUACACUGAUGGAAGUUUGCUUUUCCUUGUCCCUUGUAUCGAUCGUCUGUAUUAGUGCUCAUUUGUUUGUUUAUGUGUGCGUCGCGCGACGUGUAGCGUGUAGGUAAAUAAAUGUAGAGAAACGAUAUUGCCAGAACAAAUCUUAUCGAUCAAUCUUCUAUCCUUACAUAUUUUCUAGAGUAGUUUGUUGGCAGUUCAUCGCUUGUUAUAAUACAAUUUGAAUAAACUCACAGAAUAGGACCUUAGAUACAGAACACCUAUUAUUGAUCAAUGAUCAUGUUACGUAAAAUAAUUUUACAAGACUCUUGUCCAGCCGUAUGAAUUUUAAAGUCUGUGAGGGAUAAUUAAUGCAUUUUUUAACAAUAAUAAUAACGUAGUAUAAAAUAAUUACCUUUUAUAAACCCUUUUAUUCAAGUUAGUGUCUUAGAUUUUAUUAUAUUACUUUUAGUUUUUACUAUACCGAAGUUGUCAUGUUACCAUUGUGACCUGAAUAGUUGUUAUAGAUUUAAUGUGUAAUAUAAAGAUGCAAAAUUUAAUAGAUCAAAGUCGAAACAUCAAUCAUUGACAAUACAGAGGUAUAAGCCAACAGGCAGUAUCUCAUUGUAAUCGCUUCAUAUUUAUUUGAUACAAUAUUUAUUUAUACCAGAAACAGUAUGGAUGCAGAUAAUUAAGAUAUUGUAUUGGUUCUUGUACGAGGUAACAGAAACCAAAAAAAAUCUGUUUGACUUUUGUUUGUGUUGCUUAGGUAAUGGUACUGGCUGGUAUAAAAUAUUAUAUAACAUUGUGUGACAGGAACAACAUGAUAGGUGGCUUUCCAUCACAGAAGGGUCCUUAUGCUUCAAGUGAAAUACGGACGUUUCCAUCUGAAAUUCCAACAGUAGUUCUGAUAUAAACGUCAAUACAUAGUACAUCAGCUAUCUUUUUCGGUACUUUCAUAGUUAAUGAACUUCAGUAAUAUGUACCUGGUUAAGUGGAACCAACGCGUGGCGCUCGAGUACGACUCACACAACUUAUUUGUGUAAAAAGUAUAUACGAGAAAUCCAUGUUAAGGUUACUAAAUAUGUGGCACUUUUGUAUGAGUUGGGCCGCGAGAAUAUUUUAAUCUAAUAAGACCACUAGAGACCUAUUAUUUGUGUUAGUUAUAUAACAAAUAGGUACAUAAAUACUUAGCCAGGGCAUUUAAUAUUAUAAUAUAAUUUUGCACACUUGUUACUAAUAGAAAGCCACAUCAUAAAAUAAAAUCAUCAAAAAAAAUUACAAGCCAAAACUCGCUGGGGGCAGAUUCACUUACCUUAUCCUGGCACGCCCAAGUCUACUUUAAAAACGUCUUAAAAAGGUACUAUCAAAAACUAGUUCUUUAGGGUUAUAAUCGCCCAAAUCUUUACAAAAACCAAACUUUUCGUGUUUUUUUUUUAGAUUUUUGACAAAGUUGCGUUCGGCGCUCGAAUCACAAACUUGGAUUUUUCAUUGGGCCAACAUCAUAAACAAGUCUGCAAUAAAUCAGAACUACCGGAUUUGACGCAAACGCUAAAUGUAGUCUGUGGCUAAAGGUACUGUAAGUCGGUUCUGCUAAUGUACAUCUAAGUUGUCGCUUCUUCAAUGUGGUCAUUUAUUUAAAUUGACACAGUAGGAUAUCAAUCAUCGCUGUGAAUAGAUGAAAUUAUUAAUUAUGUUAAAUUAAAUAUUUAUUAGUAAUAGACCCAAUGAAGACAUUGUUUAAAAGUCUGAAUAUACACAAUGGGAUUAAGGUGUCCUAUGUAAAUAAAUUUAAAUAUAGAAUUAGAUUCAAAAUAUACAUUUAUUGUAAUAAUAUAUUUAUCUUUGCAUGCUUCUAAAGCAUAUAAUCUGAAUAGGAACAGAGCAUACAACUUUAUGCUCAUAGAUUAUUUCCUAGCAGAACUCGAAUUAAUGUCUGUAUUAUGUAUUUAAAAGCCAACAUAUAAUAAAAGUAAAAUGCCAUUCCUCAUUUAAAUUGUUACAUAAUACAUUGUACAAUAAGAGGGGUCAAAAUUGUUAACGAGAGUUAAUAGAACCCUGAUGCCCGGAUGGCAGACGGAUUUUAAUACUCGAGUUUACUAUUUGAAUUCCUCCCGUGAUACAUUACACACAAUGUUUUUCAUCACACUUGCGUAGAAAAUUAAGUAAGUUUUAUGUGAAAUAAUUGAUAAAUACGGUAAAAUUACGGAUAUCGUUCGCUAAUUUGUUUGUUUAACGUAAAGGCAUGGAAUGUGACAGAGCCACUACUAAAAAUAAAUAAUAAAUAAAAUAAUAAAAAUAAUUUAUUUCAUCAUAAAAUCAUUCAAAUUUAACUUCAAAACAAACUUAUUAACUUAGUAUUACAUAACGGCUUAUAUCCUUAUUGAUUUGUAUGGAUGUGACAUAAUUAAAAAUCCACAAUUUCCUAGGGAAUAAAAUGGGCGUAAUAAACUCUUGCGUAAAAUACCAUGCUUUAUGAGCAAGUGUGAUGAAAAGUUGUGUUGCUAAUUGACUCUAGAAGGAUAUAACCAAACGGAGUAACCAUUAACAGGCGUUCCCCUCUGUAAAAUAAUCGGCCAAUGGUCAUACACAAUGUAUGGACUGACGUUUAUCUGACAUGGCUAAUUUGACGUUACGUAUACGUUUGACGUUCUCCUCCCCCGCAAAAAUCGGCAGCCUUUUUUGUACAGAAAAUUACAGACGUGGCGUCUCCGUUUGGUUAAUCCUCCUAGCCUUGACUGCUUAAACAACCAUGUGUGUCAGUGUCAGCACAUUCUACAUUGCCUUCCUUGCAACAAAACGAUUAGUGAGGCCUAAUUAAGAGUAAAAACCGGCCAAGUGCGAGUCGGACUCGCGUUCCAAGGGUUCCGUACAUUACACAAUUUUUAACAAUGAAUUUUUAAAGUGAAACGUGAGUGCUAAAACUAAGUAAUUAAGUCCGGCUCACGCUUGACUGCACAUUUCUAAUAGGUUUGCCUGUCAUCUAUAGGUAAAGAACGAUUGUGUAUUUUUCUUUUAAAUUCUAGACCCAGUAGUUUCGGAGAUAAAGAGGGGGGAGGGGGAAUGGUCAUUAUUUGCCUAUUUUCUUGAAUAACUUCUAAACUUUUUAUCCGAUAAAUAUAAUUAAGAUUCUUACAAUAAGCUCUUUCAUUUCGAUAUAGUUUGAAAAACUUUAUUUUUUAAUUUUCUCAUUUAUUCCCCAAAAGUGGCCCCCAUGUUUAAAAUUAAUUUGUUUACGUUACAUGUCCGUCUUUGGGUCACAAACUUACAUAUGUGUACCAAAUUUCAACUUAAUUGAUCCAGUAGUUUCGUAGAAAAUAGGCUGUGACAGACGGACAGACAGACAAACAGACGCACGAGUGAUCCUAUAAGGGUUCCGUUUUUCCUUUUGAGGUACGGAACCCUAAAAAUUCAAAUAAGCAUUCAAUUGUAAUAAAAUAACAAAGCUUGAAAACUAAAAUAAUGGGCCACGAAUUCCAUAAAGCAAAAUGUAUCACUUAUUGUAAUUAACACGCGGUUAUCUUUUUACAAGCUUUUAUUAAACUUGCCCUGUAAAGAUGUUUGUUAGUUAGUGUGAGUCUAAUCUUGGAAGGUAAAUUUGACCCACUUCCCGAUUUCCGAUUGAGCUGAAAAUUUGCAUAUGUACCUACCAUCGAGCUGAUCUGAUGAUGGAGACAGGAGGUGGCCAUAGGAAGUAUGUGAUGAAACAACGCAACCUAAAUGUGUUUAAGGUUUUUAGAAUUGUCUGUGGUAAGAAAAGUACAGUCGGCUAUAAAAGCUUAUACCAAAAAAAUG